GAAUAAAAGCAAAAGGAGAAUUAUGAAGGGGGCCUGUAUAAAGGCAACAGUUGCAGAUAUUAUUCUGUCUUGGAUGUUAGUAAUUUCUUGACUUGACCGCAUUUGUUGCAUAAAGCAACUAGUUGUUGGUGCUACAUAGUCUGAAAUUGGUUUGUAUCUUACCCACAACCAAAAAUAGCAAUGUUAUUACUAAUUCUCAUUCACUCAUUGUUGUUGAGUCUCACAACAAGAGCUCAAUCCACGCCAUGCAGAACUUCUUGUGGUGACAUUCCCAUCGAAUACCCUUUUGGCAUUGACGAUGGGUGUGGAAGCCCAUACUACCGUUACAUCCUGGUUUGUUCUGACUCAGGAAAACUCCAAGUCAGAACCCCUUCUGGGAGAUACCACGUUCACAACGUUAGCUAUGCUGAUCCACACAUUCUGGUCACUGAUCCAUUCAUGUGGAACUGUGACGAUGGUGAGAAUUACCGUCCCACAAGGCCUUUCAGUUUGGACACCAGCACACGCUUCAAGCUUUCCCCUCAGAAUGAGUACCUCUUCUUCAAUUGCAGUGAGGAUCAUGUGAUCGUUAAGCCAAAGCCUAUUUUCUGUGAGCGCUUCCCCGAGCGUUGCGAUUCUUCGUGUGACAGUGGUAGCUAUCUCUGCAGGCACAUGCCAGGGUGCUCCUUUGCUAUGACUGGUAGCUCUUGCUGCUCUUACUCUCCAAGAUCCAUUGAAUCGUUGAGGUUGAUGCUCAAGUAUUGUACUAGUUAUACUAGUGUUUAUUGGAGAAACGUUGGUGCUCCUCAGCCUCACGAUCAAGUUCCUGAAUACGGGAUCAGAAUUGAUUUUGAUAUCCCCGUCACUACGCGCUGCCUUCAGUGCCAGGAUCCUUCCAAAGGAGGUGGAACUUGUGGAUUUGACACUCAGACUCAGAGUUUCAUGUGCCUUUGCAAGGAAGGAAAUUUCACUACCCAUUGUAAAGAUUAUGAUGCUGCACGGCACAACAGAAAGGUCCAUGUGAUUGCAGGGACAGUGAGCGGUGUUUCAGCUGCAGGGGCAUUUGGAAUUGGAGCUGGUAUUUGGUACUUGAAGAAAGUGAGAGCUAAAGCGCCAGUAACAUGUGGAGUUCAAAGCAACGAGAAUAGACUUUUCUGAAGUGGACCAAAGAACGUGAACUACAUAAUUACGGAGUACAUCAUAAUUCCUUUUGUUACUCUUUCCCCACCUUAGCUAUUAAGCUUAUUUAUUUAUACAAUAUUUAUAUAUAAAGACCUUUUUUGCUUCCCAGUUGGCAUCUUUAUGUGAUGUUGGGUUGUAAUUUCUCCCAAAUAUUGCAAGAAAGCACUUCGCUGCAUAGCCAUCUUCCACACUACUUUAAGUGUUAACAUUAAUAUUUGACUUCCUUUAUAAUAUUGAAUCUGUCAGUGUUAAUUUACAAACUAAAGCAGUUCAUUCUUCAUUGGUUGAGACACUGAUACCCACACACCUCUGAUAAACGCCUCUAAAACGGGCUUUCCGGAAUCAACCAAAAUAUUAAAAGAAAAAAAGGAAAAGGAAAGAGGGAGACAAACACACAGACAGAAAAGUUAUGGCGAUUCUAAGUCAAACCUUUUUUGUUGGUGACACGAUUCUAAGGCAUACUAACAUCAACAUGCUCUCCCAACAACACAAAUUGUGGGACCAGCAUUGAGAGUCAUUGCAGGCACCAUGUACGCUGGAGCAGCAGUGAAAGAUUGAGUAGGUGAAUAAUUUGGGGCACAGGUUCCAAACCCAGAUGGUACCAAAUGAGCACCAUUUAGGAAUAAAUCCUUGGAAGACCUCCAUUUCCAACUCUUCCACUUUUCCUUCCCUUCCUUCUUGGUAACCUGUCAUCACCUAAGAACAACACUCAAUAUGAUGAAGCAUUACUACAUUUGUAUUGGGCUUGAGAGGGAAAAAAAUUAAAGGAAGAGGAUUUAAUUUCAUGCUACUGUAUUUCUAACUACCUGUUUUGUAUUUGGGUCAUGAACUAAGGCCAUCGGUGGAGCGAGCCAAAAAGCAAAGAUCAAUCCAAAUAUUGGAGGAACCAAAUAUGCUAAUGACAUGCAUCUCCAUCAGAGCCUAGAUGAUGGCCAACAUGGUCAGGAGUACUCCUCACAAGGCCAGGUUUGGCUGGUUUACAAUCAUGGAUGCUAAUGCCAUUUAUAAUGGCAUGACUGACACCUUGUAUAGUGAUGCAAGGCCCAUCAGCAAUCUCCACUUUAACCAUGUCUUUGUCAAAAAUGAUCCAGAAAGGCUCUUUUUGGAUUGCACCAUAACGGAGUGUGCCUGGUUUUGGGUUUGCAGGGUCAUCAGAGGGAUCUGUGACUGGGUAUAUUGCACCAUACUUGCCUCCUGUGGCAUCUUUGCCAAAGCCAAUUGUACAGUCAGCCAUGGCUUGGCGAUUUGAAGCCUAAUUAGGCUUUACACGCCAACAAGAGUCUAUCACAUUGAGCAAUGCUUUCUUCGGACUCUCGGGGAUAUACUUUGAGGUAGGUAAUAAAGUGCUGUAGUACUUGUUAUCUGUUGAAUAGACAAUAACGAAGGUUGAAGAAAGGUGUAGCAUGAAAGCAAGACCAGUGAGGUUGACGUGGCCAUGCUUGUUGUUAAGGCAAUUGCAAAGGAAAUGAGCUCAUUUAAUAGAUGCAGUGAAGGUUGUCCACAAAAUUUAGGAGCUUGCCUUACAAAUAUUUUUUUUGGGUUUGGGUUACAAAAACGUGGCUGCAAUAUUUUGAGUUGCUAAUUAUAAACUUAAAUUUACUUUUGAGUUCUAAA